AAAUUGUACUUGGUGGUUUGUUCUCCAUGUUUUGGGGUAUAUGCAUUUGGUGUUGCAUUUGGCAUGGGAUGGAAAAUGACACUGGCUGAGACAUUUAUAAAGAAAGACUCUGUGUAUAGUUUUAGGCGAUGUAAAUGUUAUUUUUGUCUGUUGAAAACCAGCAUCUAACUAUUCUUUGAAGGCAUUGGGGCACAUAAAUUGUUCCACACUCAGUUUAAACAAACACUCUGCAGUAUCCAAGUGUAUUAUCUAGGGUUAAUUAUCUAGUAUGAUAAGAAAGAGACGCCCAAAAAAGAGAUAGCGCUUCCAAUCUCAGAAUUGUUGUUUCUUCUUAGAGCAUUUUCUACUCAUUCUAAUUUCGGAAGCCAAACAGUCCAUUACCUUAGUCCCCAUGGAUCUACUCAGCCCCGAAGAAUGUUUGCUCGUUGCACAAAAGACCCUGAAGGAAAAGGAAAAAGCAAACCUCUUGCUCUUGGACUGCCAGCUAGAGGCGGGCUCCUGUGAUCUUGUUGGUUACAUGGGCGAGUACUACAAAUUGAGAUUGAUAGUGGAGGACAUUGCAGAUAAAGAGAAACACGAACUGGAUUAUUUUAUCAAGAGUUUGCCGCGCAAAAAUGAGCCACAACGUGCCGAGUGCGAGCGCAAGGGAGUGUUUCGCAAGGAAUCAGCCAUAUACACAAAAAUACUACCGAAUGUACAAAAAUAUGCCACAAAGAAACUGUUUCCACAGUGCUUCUACAGCCGCAAUGACCUCAUAGUGCUGGAGGAUCUCACGCAGGAAUAUCGACAUCUCAAGGCCUCAGAGAGCUAUACCCUGGAGCACUACAAGCUGGUGCUCGAACAUUUGGCGGAGCUACAUGCGGCCAGCAUAGCCUGGGAGGAAAAGGAGCAGUUCAACAUUGGAGAGCGCUACAAGGAUGUGCUGACUGAGCUGCACUUGAGCACGGAGAACUCCUGGUUCAUGACUGGACUCAAAGCAAUUGUCUUUCUGGCUGCCAGACAUCCCCAAUAUCAAGCGGAGAAACAUCAGAGUUUCAUCAACAACAAACUCUACAAUCUACUGACCAAAGCAGAGCAACUGGUGACCCCCUCUCUGACCAUAAGGAAUGUGCUGUGCCAUCGGGAUACCUGGGAUCGAAAUAUCUUCUUUCGGUUCGGCAGUGAUCGUUAUUCCGCUCUGCCCAGUGCCUGUUGUAUCGUGGACUUUCAGCUAUCGAAAUACUGUUCACCCACUCUCGAUGUCCUCUUUCUGCUGUACAUUGUGGCCCCGGCGAGUGUGCGGCAGGAGAUCUACGACGAGUGCCUGGACCACUAUCACAUAGCGCUGCAGUCCCACUUGACCCGUCUGGGGUUGGAUGAGGAGCUCAUUUCGCGGGAAAACUUCCUAAGGGAAUGCCAACGCACUCGUCUGGCUGCUCUAAUCAUCUGGGCCCUCACCGAACCCCAGACCAAGAUGUCGGCCAGCAUUUCGAAUCGACUACGUUCCGAGGAGCCCGAAAAGUUUGACUAUUACCUCAACACCGAUCGCAGUGAGAUGCUGCUGCGGGUGAUGCAGCUCCAGCCCGGCUACGAGCAGACUAUAAUGUCACCCAUCCAGGAACUGGUGGACUAUCUCAUGGAAAAUGAACACUUGUAUGCCUAGACAAUUAUCUCUUAUCGUACUCUGAACUUGAGAUAAUAAAGUGUCUUUCUGCUUGAGAUUUAUCAUACUUUUAGUGCUCUUAACUAGCGAUAAAUGUUUAUUAAACGAGAAGGAACGUG